AGAGAGAGAGAGAGAAUGUGUGUGUAUGUAUGUACAGUCUGUAUGUGUAUAGGUGUUUAUCUAUAUCUAUCUCUUCAUCUAUCAUGAUACAUGCAAAUGUAUAAAAAUCACAAUAGAAAUACAAAUUAUAACUAAAAGUAAAAGAUGAACACGGAAGGCGGGCACCAGGAGAUGCUAUUAGUUGAUCAACUACCUCCAGUUUCAUGCUCCCCCAUUGGGGUCCCCAGCCUCCUGCAGGCAGUCAGGAGGAUGGGAGCCAAUCUCACCUCAGGUGCCAAGAUAUUUCAAAGGACCGGGGCCAUGGCAGAGAAGGCCCUUCUCUUGGACCCCACCAGCUGAAAUUCCUUGACUGAUGGGAUCUGCAGCACACCUACUUUGCCACCACCAGUGGGGCAGGCCUGUCCCAUAUGGGUGGGACAGUUCCUCAAGUAACCUGGAUCCUUCUCCAUGUCAGUGUGUUUGAUGAUGACGCCCAUCAGGGAUUAGCAGGGCCUUCAGCUCUGGGGGAAGCUGAAGCAGGCGAAAUAGAUCCUGAACCCUCCAGAGAGGACUUGGAGCUCUCCUCGGAGGCGUCUCCUCGGAGGGCCAAAAGCACAUUGGGAGGAGUAGGCGAUAGCCUCUUGGCCUCCGGCAGAAAUGGAGAUGAUGGAGUCUGGACACAAGCGACUGGGAGUGGAAAAGAAGGAGGAUGUAUGUCUCCAGAAUCAGGAGGCCCCUUGGCUAGCUCAAGCCCUAGUCCUACCCCAGGGAGCAAAGGCCUACCAGGUCAUGCAGCCAAGACUUUCCCAUCAUCCCCCAGCAAAACAGCUGGGCCCAGCCGAGCCAAGAUGUCCCUUACUGGGACCAGCAAGUCCCCAGCUUCUAUCCAGAGUCUGGCUAUGCGCUUACUAACUAUGCCUGGAUCACGUCUUCCAGGUGAUUCUGGGUCUCCUACAGCAGAAGCCCCAGCUGCGGUUCCAGACCCAGAUUCGGCCCCCACUCCUGCUCCAGCAGUGGCCUCUCCUCCUGCUCAGCCUUCAGCAUCAACCACUGAGGAAGUCAAGCCCAAGGUUCACCGGGCUCGGAAAACAAUGUCAAAGCCCAGCAGUGUACAGGUGCCUGAAAAAAGGGUCUCGGAGAUGUUGCAUUUCCGUGUCUCGGAUGACUUGAGAAGCCUCAUAGAACCAGAAGAACCUGCGAAGCACAGGAAAUACGAUUACAUGGCAGAUGCGUUGCACAAAAGGAUUCCCCUCUCACUUCAGCGGUCAAGUCCCAGGGCUACCACAGAGAUUACAGUGACGGAAGAGAUGACGGCUCCAGCUACAGCCUCGCAGGAGGAUGGAGGCCAGGAAUGGGAGACCGAAGUGGGCGAUGACUUCAGCCUCUUCUAUGACAGCUACUCUGUGGAUGGCCACAUCGAUUCGGACAGCAAGUCUGAUGUAGAUGUUACUGGAGAACAUAUGAGUGAGGAAGAGGAAGAAGAAGAGGAGGAGGAGGAAGAGGAGGAAGAAGAAGAGGAAGAAGAUGAAGAGGAAGAAGACGAAGACGACGAGGAAGAGUCAGGAAACAUCUCUGAUAGGAGCACUGCCUCCAGCUCCAAACGUAAAGCCCGAAAGCGUUGGCGGCACGACAGUCCAUGGAUCAAGCCAUCCCGAAAACGCAAACGCAAAGAGCCACAUCCCACGGAAAACACAGGUCUGAAUGGGGGCCCAUCAACCACCCAGAGCGAGUAUACGGAGGUGCCUCUUGGCUGCCUGGAGCUGCCUAACGAGGGGGCACUGUCCCCCAACAAUGCCGAGGGACUUGGUUCGCAACUUUCACUGUACUAUGCAGCAAAUCAUCCUGGAUCAUUGGUGGCUCAUCGUUCAUGGACCCAUAAGUUAAGCAGAGCCUGGAAGCUCAGGGGAAGGGGCGCUGUUGAGAAGGAUGGUGUUGAUUUAAGACCCCAGAGUUGGAAGAUGGGAAGUUGCAACCGGAGCUGUGUGUCUAAUGAGACAAGUUCGCUGGAAACCGAACGCUUUGAGGAACUUCCGUUAUGCUCCUGCCGCAUGGAAGCCCCAACCAUUGAGCGGCUUAGCCAGCAGGCUGGAAAUCAAUGCAUGGCAACUGAGAGUGCUGAUGGGGAGCUAAAUGGCUGCAGCAGCAGCAUUUUGAAGCAAGAAACGAUGCGUCCUUCCAGCCGGGUUCCCCUCAUGGUCCUGUGCGAAGCCCAUCGUGCCCGGAUGGUGAAGCAUCACUGCUGCCCUGGAUGUGGCUACUUCUGCACGGCGGGCACCUUUCUGGAGUGCCACCCGGACUUCCGUGUUGCUCACCGCUUCCACAAGGCCUGCGUUUCCCAACUGAAUGGUAUGAUCUUCUGUCCACAUUGUGGAGAAGAUGCUUCAGAGGCCCAGGAGAUCACCAUAGCCAAGGCGGACACCUCCACGCCUGUCCCCAUCCCGCUGUCACAUGGCCAAGGCGCUUCCGAGUCCACCGGCCGUGCUGACACCACCCAACCCAGUGCUCGGAUGCGUGGGGGCUCAGGUGUUGAACACCCACCAGAUGACACGGUGGGCUUCGGUGGCCCAAGUAUUGAUAGCGCAGGACCACGGUUGACUCUUCCUAACGGGGCUGUGCUUUCAGCACAAGGAUUGCCACCAGGGGCUGGACGGGAGCAGCUAGAGCGAGCCCUGGUGGUACAGGAAUCCGAAAGGCGCAAGAAGCUGCGAUUCCAUCCGCGUCAGCUCUACCUCUCCGUUAAGCAAGGGGAACUCCAGAAAGUGGUCCUGAUGUUGUUAGACAGCUUGGACCCCAAUUUCCAGACCGAACAGCAAAGCAAGCGUUUUCCACUGCAUGCUGCAGCACAGAAGGGCUACAUGGAAAUCUGCCAUGUUUUGCUGCAGGCUGGAGCCAACAUAAAUACGGUGGACAAGUUACGUCGGACCCCUUUAAUGGAAGCGGUUGCAAACAACCACGUGGAGUUAGCCCAUUACUUGGUCAAGAGGGGUGGUUGUGUGUACACAAAGGAGGAUGAUGGAUCUACCUGUCUUCAUCACGCUGCCAAGAAUGGAAAUGUGGAGAUGGUCAGCUUGCUCCUUUCCACGGGACAGGUGGAUGUUAAUGCCCAGGAUAAUGGAGGUUGGACCCCCAUUAUCUGGGCUGCCGAGCAUAAGCACAUUGAGGUGAUCCGUAUGUUGCUCACCCGAGGCGCUGACGUCACCUUGACUGACAAUGAAGAGAACAUCUGUUUGCACUGGGCCUCCUUCACCGGAAGUGCGGAGAUUGCUGAAGUCUUACUAAAUGCCCAGUGUGAUCUCCAUGCCGUCAAUUUCCACGGAGACACGCCUCUGCAUAUAGCUGCCCGGGAGAGCUACCACGAUUGUGUCCUCUUGUUCCUAUCAAGGGGAGCUGACACGGAAAUACGGAACAAGGAGGGGGAUUUGCCGGUGGACCUGACCUUGGAAAACUCGGAUGUUUGGUUUGCCCUUCAACUCAAUCGCAAGAUCCGCCAAGGCAUCCUUAACCGUUCGAUGCGCACGGAGCGCAUCAUAAGCAGGGAUGUGGCUCGGGGCUACGAAAACGUGCCCAUCCCCUGUGUCAACUCUGUGGAUGAUGAACCCUGCCCAGAUGACUACAAGUACAUCUCCGAAAACUGCGAGACCUCCACCAUGAACAUCGAUCGCAAUAUCACCCACUUACAGCAUUGCACGUGCCAGGACGACUGUUCCUCCAGCAAUUGUCUUUGUGGACAGCUUAGCAUCCGCUGCUGGUAUGACAAGGACGGACGUUUGUUACAAGAGUUCAACAAGAUUGAGCCCCCUUUGAUCUUUGAAUGCAACCAGGCCUGCACCUGUUGGAGGAACUGCAAAAACCGGGUGGUGCAAGGCGGCAUCAAGGUUCGCCUGCAGCUGUACCGAACGGCAAAAAUGGGUUGGGGGGUCCGCGCCCUUCAGACCAUCCCCCAGGGGACCUUCAUAUGCGAGUAUGUAGGAGAACUGAUUUCUGAUGCAGAAGCUGACGUAAGGGAAGAUGACUCGUACCUGUUUGAUCUGGACAAUAAGGAUGGCGAGGUUUACUGCAUUGAUGCCCGUUACUAUGGCAAUGUCAGCCGCUUCAUCAACCACUUGUGCGAUCCUAAUAUCAUCCCCGUACGAGUGUUCAUGUUGCACCAGGACCUGCGCUUCCCCCGCAUUGCUUUCUUCAGCAGCCGGGACAUUCAGACUGGUGAAGAGCUUGGAUUUGACUACGGGGACCGUUUCUGGGACAUCAAAAGCAAAUACUUCACCUGCCAGUGCGGUUCGGAGAAAUGCAAACACUCGGCGGAAGCGAUUGCCCUGGAACAGAGCCGCCUGGCUCGUCUGGAGGCCCACCAGGACGUGAUGCCGGACAGCAGCAGCUUCCCUGCCUCCCAGGCUUAAGCGGGGGGGGUCCGUUGCCCAUCUGCAUGUGAAAUCGUUUCUCCUUCUCCCGGCCCCACCCCUGACUUCCCCCGUUCUCCCACCCACCGCCGACUUCCGCUUGGCUUCGCGGUUUGGAACACCGAAGCUGCUCUGCUCCAAAAGGAAUUUGCCUUAAGAAGUGUCGCAUUGGCAGAAGGAAGAGAAGAAGGCGGAAGAUGCGUGUCUGGAGACGGGUGGGCGAGGGGUGUCCGGGUGUGAAAGGAAAGGAAACCUCCGCCACAAAAGACAACUCUUGGCCCAGGAGAUCUGCGCUCCUGAAGGUUUUCCUCACAACUGAUGCACCCACAAAAUCUGACUCUUGUGGUCGGCUGGAGAAACAGCUGGCGGAGACCAGAGAAGCGGGGGGGGGAGGGGGGGUGUCUUCUUCAUUAGAUUUUAUUUUGAAGUGAAUCUAAGGCAAGUGCCAUUUUGCCCUUUUCUCUCUUCCUUGAGCUCACUAACCUUUUUAUGUGACCCAGCCAAAUCUUUGACACCUGCCUCUGUGGGUCUACGACAGGGGUCUUCAAACCUGGCUCUUUUAUGACUUGUGGACUUCAACUCCCAGAAUUCCUCAGCCAGGUACUGCCUGGCUGAGGAAUUCUGGGAGUUGAAGUCCACAAGUCAAAAGGGCCAAGUUUGAAGACCCCUGGCCUACGACGACUCGACAUGGCCAUCUCACCGUGGUCAACUCGCCUCAGAACAACUCGCUGCGGGACAAGAGACCAGUGGUCCCCCUAGAAUCAUGAAAGAAAGGAUGCCAAAGGAGGGACAAAAUAAAAUGUAAAUGCCAAAAUUAAAAUUAUUUUUAAAAUUAUUUUAACAAAAUAAAUUUAAUUGUUGGAAUUGUCCUGCAGCGAAUUGGCCGUGGCGAAUUUGGCUGAGGCGAGUUGUCCCAUUCCUUGCCUCUAUUUCCUCUAUCUCAGGGGUCUUCAAACUUGGCCCUUUUAUGACUGGUGGACUUCAACUCCCAGAAUUCCUCAGCCAGCGUGCCUGGCUGAGGAAUUCUGGGAGUUGAAGUCCACCAGUCAUAAAAGGGCCAAGUUUGAAGACCCCUGCUCUAUCUGGAGGCAGGCAGCAAACGCAGGAAAUUGGGAGCUCGCUCCAGCUUUCUGGGCCAAAAAAGCAGCCUCCACCAAAGGCUUGGGAAUGCUCUAUUUUUAUUUUAUUUUUUCCUGAGCAGAGAAACAAGAAAGGCGUCCAAAUUCCAUUGCAGCCAGGUUGCGCAUAGGGGUUUUUGUGCAUCAACACAUCCUGGGAAGGCUUAGAAGUUUAGAAAGCAAGGAUCAACUUGAAAGGCCUUUUUGCCAUCACCUAGUGUACUUGUGCUUAUGUGUGAAUGUGUGUUCUGACUGGAAGGGCCCGUGUCCGAAGUUUCCCUUCUCGGGGGGGCAAGUUCAUUUUGGAUCAAGGUUCACUUUUGAGUUGGAGCAGUGGCUUGUCUGCUCUCUGUCUUUGAGGUGGAUUUUAUUUUAUUUUAUUUUAUUAGUUCUUUUCUCCCUGUUCAACCCCAGCAAAAGAGGUUUGACUCGGUUUUGGAGGGCCAGCCUUAUCUCAGUCUCUUUUUGUAUAGGUUUCAUAACUUGGGGUUUUUUAUAAUGUAAUUUUCUCGCACCGUAAAACCAAUAAAGGUUGGCAACCUGGUGGAUUUUGAUAUGAUGAAAA